AGGUGGUGAGAGCGACCUGAGUUCUUUUGCUCCUGAUGCCGCAUCUAUUACCUCAAGUAUCAAAUACCAUGCAGAAUUCACACCUGUAUUCUCUCCUGAAAGGUUUGAGCUCCCUAAGGCAUUCUUUGCAACAGCUCAAAGUGUUCGUGAUUCGCUCCUUAUUAAUUGGAAUGCUACGUAUGAUAUUUAUGAAAAGCUGAACAUGAAGCAAGCGUACUAUCUAUCCAUGGAAUUUCUGCAGGGUAGAGCAUUGUUAAAUGCAAUUGGUAAUCUGGAGCUUACUGGUGCAUUUGCGGAAGCUUUGAAAAACCUUGGCCACAAUCUAGAAAAUGUGGCUUCUCAGGAACCAGAUGCUGCUCUUGGAAAUGGGGGUUUGGGACGGCUUGCUUCCUGUUUUCUGGACUCUUUGGCAACACUAAACUACCCAGCAUGGGGCUAUGGACUUAGGUACAAGUAUGGUUUAUUUAAGCAACGGAUUACAAAAGAUGGUCAGGAGGAGGUGGCUGAAGAUUGGCUUGAAAUUGGCAGUCCAUGGGAAGUUGUGAGGAAUGAUGUUUCAUAUCCUAUCAAAUUCUAUGGAAAAGUCUCUACAGGAUCAGAUGGAAAGAGGUAUUGGAUUGGUGGAGAGGAUAUAAAGGCAGUUGCGUAUGAUGUUCCCAUACCAGGGUAUAAGACCAGAACCACAAUCAGCCUUCGACUGUGGUCUACACAGGUUCCAUCAGCGGAUUUUGAUUUAUCUGCUUUCAAUGCUGGAGAGCACACCAAAGCAUGUGAAGCCCAAGCAAACGCUGAGAAGGUAUACUUAAUCUA